GACGGACGGACUGCGUCUCGGUUUUCCUCUCGUUUGACUGCGAUUUUGCCGCGAGAUUGAGUCGUUCCGGAGGCGGAGGCGAGGUACAGAAGAAUGAGUCGAUCACCGCAACAUGCUGUGGCCAAUGGAGCCUCACCAGUUCGUGAAAGGUCGAGGGACCCUUCAUUUUCCCGCUCAAGAUCACGCUCCAGGGACCGACGUGAAACCUACAAACACUCCUCUAGAAGUUCUGGUUCCCCACGUUACCGCGAGGACCGCUACCGAGAGGACAAAUAUUCAUCAUCACGCCGUAGAGAUUCUCGUUCUCCAUCUUACUCCAGAAAUAGAAGGAGUAACAGGUCACCAAUGUCGAAUCGCCGCCGCCAUCAUGGAAGCAGAGAGGACCCGUCCCCGAGCAACUGCCUUGGCAUCUUUGGACUCUCUCUCUACACAACCGAGAGACAGCUUCAUCACCUCUUUGGCAAAUAUGGUCAUAUUAACGAAGUUCAAGUUGUACUAGAUGCUAAAACUGGUCGAUCAAGGGGAUUUGCAUUUAUCUACUUUGAUCAUGUGGAUGAUGCCACAGAAGCCAAGGAGCAGUGUACUGGGAUGGAGAUUGAUGGAAGACGGAUCAGAGUAGAUUAUUCCAUCACAGAGAGAGCCCACACACCCACUCCUGGCAUAUACAUGGGUCGACCAACUUACGCCACAGAGGUGGAUAUGGAGGAGGCAGUCGCAGUCGCCGGUCCCCUCCACGCAGAUCAUACCGCUCACGCUCUCGGUCAUACUCUCCACGUCGCUACAGCCGGUAUUGAGGUGCUGGUGUCACUUUAGUUUGAUUAUAACUAGAAACAUGAACUGUAUUUAAUGUAACUACACAUUCUAACAAGAUCAAAGCACUCUGAUAUAAAAAGCAUAUUUUAUCCUGUUAGAAUGCAACAUUAGAUAUCCAGCAGUUUCAUGGUUUUCAAAGUUUAGCAGACCUAUAUUUAAGGACAAGCUGGUUGUUUUGACCAACAGUUUUUCUAUGUACUGAGGAAGUAUUCCUCAAGAUAUAAUGUUCUUUGCAUCAGGUAUCAAGAUAUUUUUCGUUAAAAGAUGACCAGAAGUGAAUAUCUGCUGUGUCUUGAGAUAUAAUAAGCAUUUUAUAUAUGGAGAGGAAUGAAAGAAACAAGAUUAUUUUCAAAUUUAGGACUUUUUCAUCUUAUCAGGAGAAUCCAGAAUGAAUAUUUCUAUUUUUUGUCUUCUGUGUAUUUCUUUUCUUGUUUUAAGAUGAGUUUUAUUAGUAUUUUGGAGUGAUUCUAGGUCAAUAAUCACCCUUUCUGUAACACAUUAUAAAAUGAUCAAUAAAGAUGAAACAAAAGGGUUGUUUAAUAGGCAUUAGUUCUCCUUGUAGAUAGUUGAUUUACAAUACCUUUGUAUGUUGAGAACUUCUUUGAUUGUUUCAUCCAUCUCAGUUUGUUUCGUAAAAGACAUUGCUCACGAGUUUGCCACAACUUGGUAUAUACUGAUUAUGUUCUGUUAUGGUUUCCCUUUUUUCUCUUUUUAUCUUUUCAUAAGUGAAUGACAAACAUGUGCUUAUUCAUUGGUAAGUGAAAGUAAUGUGAAAGUGAUUAAAGGUGACCCAUGUUUAGACUAGAUGGAGUUGAGGUGGGACAUCCUCAUUAAAGGAAAAAGAAUUACUUAAGUUGAAGCUUAAGACUGUGUACGUCAGAAGUUUUUUUGUGGUUCGCUCUACCAAUAAAAUGAUUCUUAACGC